UCCAUCUUAGCGCUCAUCCUAGUGCCGCACGCGUGCUACUCCUAGUCCCUCCCCUCUGCCUCUCUCACACUCUCCCCACUCUCUCCCUACACUGUCCUGUCUCAGAUCCACACAUGCACGCUUUCAGCCCGUCCCAGUGCCACAUACCUGUGCAGGCCGGGGGGACUGCCGCUGGAGGGGCUACCGCCAGCCGCCACUGUCUCUGAGCUGCUCUGCUGCGUCUGGAAGAAGCUCACAACUGUUUUCUCUGUCCUCUGCUCUUAUUCCUGGAAUGCUAAAACUGGACUGAUGGACAUUUCAGAACUUUGUCUUCCAGACCCUCUCAGCUAUCAUAACCAGGCUUUGUCCAAUUCAUUAGAGAGAUUCCUGCGUCCCCUGGCCACGCUGGAGCCCUCUCAUUUCUGGCUGUUGAAUAGAAUGGCUGCUGAUGACCGGCACCUGCCUUCCAGUUGUGGGUCCUACAUCAAGACAGAGCCAUCCAGUCCCUCCUCAGUCAUCGAUACCGUCAGCCAUCACAGCCCCAGUGGCAACUCGGACGCCAGUGGGGGCUAUGUGAGCACCAUGAACCACUCCAACGGCCUGGAUUCUCCUCCCAUGUUCACCCCCACCGGCCUUGGCCCGGGAUCCUGCCGCAAGCGUUACGAUGACUGCUCCAGCACCAUCAUGGAGGACUCCUCUAUUAAAUGCGAAUACAUGUUGAACUCCCUUCCCAAGAGGCUGUGCUUGGUCUGUGGAGAUAUAGCCUCUGGGUAUCACUAUGGGGUAGCCUCAUGUGAGGCCUGCAAAGCCUUUUUUAAAAGGACAAUACAAGGUAACAUAGAAUACAGCUGUCCGGCCACAAAUGAGUGUGAGAUCACAAAAAGAAGACGCAAAUCAUGUCAGGCUUGUCGCUUCAUGAAAUGCCUAAAAGUGGGGAUGCUAAAAGAAGGAGUGCGUCUGGACCGUGUGCGAGGGGGCAGACAGAAGUACAAACGGAGGCUGGACACAGAGAACAACCCAUACCUGGGGCUGACACUCCCCCCUCCCACCAAAAAGCCUCGUGAGUACUGCCCAUUGUCUCCCACCUCCGCCGUCCCUCUGCCAGGCCAGCAAGCAGUCACAAAAAUAGUAUCGCACUUACUGGUGGCCGAACCAGAGAAGAUCUAUGCCAUGCCAGACCCCACCAUGCCAGAGAGCGACAUCAAGGCGCUAACUACACUAUGUGACCUGGCAGACCGCGAGCUAGUCGUCAUCAUCGGCUGGGCCAAACACAUCCCAGGGUUCUCCACCCUGUCCCUAGGCGAUCAGAUGAGUCUUCUUCAGAGCGCGUGGAUGGAGAUCCUGAUCCUGAGCAUCGUGUUCCGCUCUCUGCCAUACCAGGACGAGCUGGUGUACGCAGAGGACUACAUCAUGGACGAAGAGCACUCGCGGCUCACCGGCCUGCUCGACCUCUACCUGUCCAUCCUGCAGCUGGUGCGCAAAUACAAGAAGCUCAAGGUGGAGAAAGAAGAGUUUGUCACACUCAAAGCCAUCGCGCUAGCCAACUCAGAUUCUAUGCACAUAGAGGACAUGGAGGCGGUUCAGAAGCUCCAGGACGCGCUGCAUGAGGCUCUGCAGGACUACGAGAGCAGCCAGCACCAGGAGGACCCUCGGCGGGCAGGCAAACUGCUCAUGACCCUACCCCUGCUCCGGCAGACCGCCACCAAGGCGGUCCAGCACUUUUACAGCAUCAAAGUGCAGGGCAAGGUGCCCAUGCACAAACUCUUUCUGGAGAUGCUGGAGGCUAAGGUCUGAUUGUCCGAUGGGACUGACAUCAGCCAAUCACAGACUCUGUCCCUUUGGACACCCGAGACUGUGCUGGACAGGACAGACUAAUCCUGACAGACACUACUGAAAAAAAGAACAAAAUGCAAACUUGGUUAUUAGUAUAAUAUAAAAUGAAUGAUGAAGAUUAAUUUAAAAUAUAUAAGAAAUACAUGUACAGUAAUAAUUUUUGUUUAUUGUCAGUGGUCAUGUUGUUCAAAUGGACCAUCUGCCCUCCAGCCCUUCUAAAUAAGUUGUUGCCAGACAAAAGGCUUUGUUUUUAAGAAAACUGAACAAUCCUUAAAUGGUAGCUGGAGGCAGCAGAGGCGCACCUGUUCACAUUGUGUUUCUCCUGGACGUGACCAGGAAAUGUACUGUACAUAUUUAUUAUUGGACGACUGGGUGUACAGUUUAAAGUCUGGUGAAGUUGGUCUUGAUCAUCUCUUUGUUUUUCUCUGGAAAAAAAUGAAUUGUUAAUGUGAACUCUUAUCAGUUUAAAUGUCCUUGGAUAUACCUCUCCAGAGCAGUGCACCAUGUGAUCUCUGUAGAUCUGUUUCAGACUGAAGACUCGCUGGUCUCAUAAUUAACCAUACUAGCAAAGGCCAUUAUAAUAGUCAGUCAUCUUACUCUGUAGAACUCAGCAAUAAAAGGACCUGUAGCAAAGCCAGGCCUAGCCUGCAGUACUCCAUGUGCUUCUCAGUGCUGCUUUUGUCUUUCUCUCUCUAAACCACACAUCACACUAGUGUUGAGCCCCAUUGGCUGGUCUGAAUCAGUGCUGUUCAUGUCAUCCGCUCAAGCCAAAUUUAGCCUUUGUUUGAGCCCAUGGAAAUUGCCCCUGGCGUGCAUAGGCCUGAUUCAAGCUAGGUGAAAGAUGAUCAGUGGCUGGUGGUAUCAAAGGAUUUAUGGUGAGUGGCUCAAGUCCAGGAGAUUCCAUGUUCAAACAAUCACAGGCCCAUAUGUCAACCUCUAUUUUGGGCCCCCUAAAGCCUAUGUCCGAGUCAUCCCACACACAGGGAGCAAGGUGCGCAGCAUCUGCUCUCACCAUUUUAGACACCUCCAUCUUUUAAUAGCGGUGCCUGCAUUUAUAGAGCUCCAACCAAACAGAGGUAAACGGCAGGUGCAAGCCUGAAGUGGUGGCACUUCUCACAAGGUUUAUUUAUAACCGGGUGGGAGGCUGUUGUCCCACACAAGUACAGUGGGCACAUGAUCCCUUCUUCUUGACCUCAUGUCGACACUGUGCAGAGUAACACCUCCUGCAGCUCAGAGGAGGGGCAGACGUCUUGUGAGGACAGCCUGAGAUGCCCGAGCGUGCACAUGUGAAUAGCUAUGCAAGUAACAAAGUGUCAGCAUGCUCAAACAACGCAGCCCUGUGUCAGUACAAGGUGUGAUCUCUGGUGGGAGACACAGAUCCUGAUUUAGCCAGGUGACCAGAACAGUGAGUCACUCUCCAGCAGAGCCUCGCUCCCCUACUCUUUUAUAUGUGGAAAAGUGUGCUUACUACUGAAAAUCUCAUGUAAUGUGAUGGAUUGUAUAACCCUCAACCAUAAGAUACUGUGAUCAAAUAUAUAACAAUACACAAUGGUUCAGCCUAUAGUAGGUCUGCUCCAGUACUGCCAUGUUUCUGGUACCUCAUCUUCCUAACCUAUUAGACCAGUCUAGCUCCCAGCGCUUGUGUCAAAGGUCAUUAUGUACCUUCAGUUCAUAAGGAUACAUAUGUUCUGCGUGCAGGCCAAAGUGUUUUGCCCACAUGUGACCUGUAUCUGAUCUUUUAUGUGUGAACAGCAUGAAUUUGAUUAUCUUCCAAAUGCAACCCAGGCCUCUUUCACAUGU